AUGUCCACCCAUGUGCAGCCGAGAGGCACGCAAAAUGACCCCGUCCCGAUGACGGUGCCACUGACAUACAAGUUUUACGAGCCCGUCGUACUUUUAAAGGCUCUCAAUGAUGAUGCAAGGCGGAACGCCUCUCCCGGCAGUACACCUAGCUCAUCAUCAUCUUCGGAACUGGACCUCGAGGACGCCGACAACCUGUUUCAAGCCUUUGUGUACAAGCUGGCACAUGUCUGCGACAGUGAUAAAGGCAGAUCUGGGGCAACCAUUACUUCCUUCAUGGUUCUUCGCAGCGAAUUGCCAGAGUCCAGAGACGACAUUGUCCACUACUACUUUGCUUCGAACUACCGGAACAUCCCGAAGCUGAAAGAAACGCGAGCCUAUGUGCAUGCGCUGCUGCGCAAGAUCGGUCUCGCCCCCGAAGAUGCCGACCCGUAUAGAAGCAAUAUGCUGCGAGACAUUAUCUGCUUCAAUCAAGGGCGCCUCCGUUAUUACCUGACGCCGUUGUCGAGAAAUGUCGAAGAGUGUCAGCAGCGUCUCGAAGACCUGUUCGGUGCCGACAGUGCCAUGGCCGACACAGGUCUCGCACGCAUCCUCACUGCGCUAAGACAGCUACAACUCGAGGACACGAACAUGGCUAGAGACGCAGGGUUUGCAUUCGGUUGCGAGCGCGUGAUGCGACGUUUGACGAGGUUCGAGAGGUCACCAGCAGGUCAGGCAGUGGCCGAGCACGUGAGAGAGAUCCAUGGGGCCGAACAGUCAAGUGAGGAUUGCUGGCAUCAACUCCAACAUGCGAUGAGUCGCAUACUGGCCUAUCCAAAAUCUCUGGCGUGUAUGCUGAAAGCUCGCAGAAGAUGGCCCGUCCUCUUCAACAGGUACCGGGUUUUUUACAUCCCAUCAAGCAAAUUCCAGGACCCAUUAAAUGGAAGGCCCACGAGCUUCAGCGCCGAGGGCAUUGUUGGCCGCUUGACUCGUCGUGUGUCGGACAUAGAGAAGUUCCGAGAGUACGUCAAAGACCUUCAGAUAUUUGACCUCGACGCACGCAUCAAAGCUGAAUUCGUGGACGGCGCCCUUCGGCCCCUCGUCCACAGCGAGGUCCUCCUUCUGAACUUCCUCGAGUUCAGCGACGGUGGUGUCACAGAAGAUCGGUUUUUCCAGGGGUCUGCGGAGCGUAUGUACAUUGGGAGCAGCAAGCCUUUGUGUAGACUCUGCAAGUACUACUUUGAGGCCCAUCCCGCAGGCGUGGGGCACCGCACCACCCACGGUAAUUUGUACAAGAACUGGCGUUUCCCGGACGUGCUUGUGUCGCACGGCCAGCGGGCCAGGGACGGGCGCAUCGACAUGCUUGACAAGGUGCUCAAGAGGAUCCGGGCCGAUGCCUUCCGGCUUAUCAUGGAUCGAAUCGAUCCCUCUGGUAAGCACAACGACUCCAAUACAUUCUCCGCCAACGUCUCGCUCCGAGAUGACCUGUCAACCGUUCUUGAUUUUGACGACAUGGACGAAAUCACAAGCAUCCUCGACGGUGCAUCGCUGGGCGGUGGUCAUGAUGAAAGAGACGAGGCUAAUGAUUCCAUUGGGAGUCCUAGUGGCCUAGGCACAAGGAGCUCAAACUUCCAGCCAUCGUAG